AUGACAGAAACAGUGCCUUCUACUACAAAUGAACGAGUUCAAACAUCCAAUACUCGUCCAACACUAUCUCUUGGCAAUGAAGAUUCAAAUGUGGCACCAAAUUUACAAGGAUCUACAUCAAUUACUCCAUUAACAAAAUCUGUAAAGAAAAUCCCAACUUUUAUUAUAUGGUCAAUAUUUAAUUUAUUAUUAAUACCAUUUGGGAUAGCUUGUUGUUAUUUCUCAUACAAUGUUAAUAAAUAUAAAAUACAAAAUCGUUAUGCAGUAGCAAAAAAAUGGUCAAAACGUACGUUUGUACUGAAUAUAAUAACAACAUUACUUAUGACUGGUAUUAUUGUUACUGUUGUUAUGUUACAUUAUGAUUAUGAAAAACGAAAUCCAGGAUCUAAUGCCAAUCAAACAGAAUCAACUUAUAUUCCAUGGCAACCGGGACGUUAA